AUAAUCUAAAAUAUUUUCCAUGUUGUACAGUUUAAUUUACAUAAUGCAUGUAUUUUUGAUCCAAUCCACGACAUGCAAAACUCAAUGAGCUGUCAACUAAAUGACGUCAUAGCGACUCCCAUGUAUGCCAUAUCUCGCUAGUUUCACUUUAGACAGGAUACUCGAAGCAGGAAGUGUUUUUACCAUGGCUAGUAACACUGAAUUACCGUCUGGAUACGACUAUCAGUUUGUCGUACAAGUACCUGAAGACUACAUUUGUAGUAUUUGCCGUCUUGCAAUGCGAAAACCCGUACAGACAAGAUGUGGACAUCGGUUUUGUAAGGAUUGUUUGGACGCAGCUUUACAGAGAAAGCCCAAAUGUCCUCUGGACAAUGAGUCCUUGAGUUCACAGCAAGUAUUCGAAGAUGUAGCGACAGAGCGGCAAAUUCUUUCACUCAAGAUAAAGUGUCCAAACCAUUGUGAUUGGCAGGGAGAACUGAGAUAUGUCCAGACUCAUGAUGAGAAAUGUCCGCUGACCAUUGUACCCUGCAGUUACGUCAGUAUUGGAUGCAAUUUUAAGGCACCACGAAGAUCUUUAAGCGAUCAUUAUAAAAACAACCAAACAGAACACCUUGACAUUACGACACAACAACUAAUGACCCUUCAAGAUGAAAACAUUAACCUCAAGAAACAACUUCUGAAAAUCAAAGCGUCUUGCAUUGCACUGAUGACCAAAGAAGAUCAUUCGCACUAUAGUUACACGUGGAAAAUCAACGAUUUCAGCAAACAGCUACAGCUUGCAAAGCAGCAAUACCGUGACAUCGAACUGUACAGUGAACCGUUCUACACUCACAAGUAUGGAUACAAACUGAAACUACAGUUAGUUCCUAAUGGAAAUGGUGCUGUCAAGGGUACCCAUGUAUCAGUAUUCAUGAUUAUCAUGCGAGGUGAAUACGAUGCAAUAUUGACCUGGCCAUUUAAUUGGAAACACAAGUUUAUCCUGUUUGACCAGAAACCAAACCACUGGAUGAGCAAAAACAUCGACUCUUGUUACUGCAACGAUGAUACAAGUAAUUCUAGCUUUCAAAGACCAACAACUGAUGAAAACCGUGGAUAUGGACGCCUAAACUUUGUGUCUCAUGAAACAUUAAAAACUGAGAACUAUGUCGUCGAUGGAGCAGUUUUUAUCAAGUUUGAGUUGAAGGAUCCUUGUCUGACUUCGUCGCUCAUUCAUGACGAAAUUAUGACGAAAGACGAGCAGUCACACUAUAGUUACACAUGGAAAAUCAACGAUUUCAGCAAACAGCUACAGCUUGCGAAGCAGCAAGACCGUGAUAUCAUACUGUACAGUGAACCGUUCUACAGUCACAAGUAUGGAUACAAACUGAAACUACAGUUAUAUCCUAAUGGAGGUGGUGAUGGCAAAGGUACCCAUGUAUCAGUUUACACGAUUAUCAUGCGAGGUGAAUACGAUGCAAUAUUGACCUGGCCAUUUACCUGGAAAUACAAGUUUACCCUGCUUGACCAGAAACCAGAGCACUCGACGAGCAAAAAUUUCGACGGUGGUUACAGUAUUCCCGAUACAAGUAAUUGUAGCUAUCAAAGACCAACAACUAAUGAAAACGUUGGAAUAGGACGUGGCAAAUUUGUUUCCCAUGAAACAUUAAAAACUGAGAACUAUGUCGUCGAUGGAGAAGUUUUCAUCAAGUUUGAAUUGGAGGAUCCUUCUCUGACUCCAUCUCUCUGUGACGUGAUUAUGUCAAAAGACGAUCAGUCACAUUAUAGUUACACGUGGAAAAUCAACGAUUUCAGCCGACAGCUACAGCUUGCGAAGCAGCAAGACCGUGACAUCGAACUGUACAGUGAAUCAUUCUACACUCACAAGUAUGGAUACAAACUGAAACUAGAGUUGGAUCCUAAUGGAUUUGGUGAUGGCAAGGGUACCCAUGUAUCAGUAUUCAUGAUUAUCAUGCGAGGUGAACACGAUGCAAUAUUGACCUGGCCAUUUAACUGGAAAUACAAGUUUACCCUGCUUGACCAGAAACCAGACCACUCGAUGUGCCUAAACAUCGACUAUGGUUACGGAAAUCCUGAUACAAGUCCUGCUGAAUACUUUCAAAGACCAACAACCGAUGAAAACCCUGGAUACGGAUAUCCAAAAUAUGUGUCUCAUGAAACAUUAAAAACAGAGAACUAUAUCGUCGAUGGAGCAGUUUUCAUCAAGUUUGAGUUGGCGGAUUCUUMCUUGCAAAACUGAAACGAUUUCAAAAACUUUUAAUCUAACACAACUUCUGAAAAAGGUAACCCGAAGUUGACCUAAGUUUAUCAGUCUU